ACAGCAUAACUUCACCCACUUGCAGCCGGUUUCCUUACCUUCCUUCUAACUGAUAAAAGAAUCUUCGCGUUUCUCUCCAUUUUCAUUUGCCGGAAAGUUUCUCAUUUAAAUCUUUUCCGCACCUCAUUGAACAGAAAAUUUUUCAGCAAGUGAUUUCAAACACACAAGCCAUGAACGUAGAGGAAGAAGUUGGGCGGCUCAAAGAAGAAAUCAAGCGGCUUGGCAAGAUCCAACAAGAUGGUUCUUACAAGGUCACAUUCGGUGUGCUGUUCAAUGAUGAUAAAUGUGCAAAUAUAUUCGAAGCCUUGGUUGGCACAUUGAGAGCAGCAAAGAAAAGAAAAGUUGUCGCAUAUGAUGGUGAGCUACUGCUUCAGGGAGUUCAUGAUAAUGUGGAAAUCACCCUCAAACCCUCUCCCACAGCAGAGGCUGUGGGAAGUGCUUCUGUUGUAAAGAAAUAAUGUGUUGUUUGCUGCCAUUACACACUGCUGCCUUUUGGGAUAAGUGUACUAAUAUCCUCAUCUGAUGCCCAUUCCGUGUUUGACUAUAAAUGAACCAUUCAGUAUUGUUUGCUUCCCUUCAA